CUCCUCCCUGUGUGUGUGUGCGCGCGCGCAUCUCAGGCUGCGGCAGAUCGACACGUAGUGGGUGCUGGAGGGCCCCAUGCCGAUCGAGUCGCUUUCCUUCCUUCUCUCUCUGGGAUCUCUCUGCUCGGCCCCUUAAACAGCUCCGGCCUGCACCACAAGCGUCAUCGUUGUGCUCUGCAAUUGCAGCUAGCUCGAGCCCCUUCAGAAAGAAGCACACCAAGCUAACAAGCCAGGUCGACCAGUGACGUCCUACUCGUACCCAUCUUGGAUGUCCAUGGACGGCAAGACGACGCCUCAUCUGCUGCCUCUGAGUCUGAGCGAGGCCAAAAAGAAGAUCCGGGAUGCUGUCCCGCUGGUCUGCGGAUGGGUGCUCUUGAGCGCCUUCACCAACGCCGGCGGCUAUGCAGCCGACUACAUAGCCCACUACUACCACUUCGUGUGCAGCCAGUCCUCCUUCAUCCUGCCGUGCAUCCAAAUGACGGAAGCGGAGAUCGCCAGGGAUAGUGCCGUCCGGAUCGGGAUGCUGUGCUGCGCCCCGUCCCAGGCGGCCGCGGCGGCGCUGGCGCUGCUGCUCCCAUGCCGCCGCCGCUGAGCCCGCCGUGCCCUCGCCUACCUCGCGCUCGCGGUCACCUUCCUCUUCCAUUGCAUCAUCAUGUACGCCAGCAGCUUCUGGAUCUUCCUCGCCGCCGACCCAGGACACAUCUUCAGCAGGAUCUUUUACGCCGUGGUCAUCUGCGCCGUGGUGAUGUGCGACCUCCUGAGCUGCCUGGCCCUCCUCCUGGAGGGAGGUGAUUGGUGGCGCAAGCAGCACGUAGCACGUUAGUUCAGCUAGCUGCAUGGGAGUAAUGUUCGUGGUCGUGGAUCAGCUCAUGAGGUACUGAUGAGUGCCUAGUUCUAGCGAAUAAUGUAGAGUAUGCGUUAAUUCUGCGGUGACGAUUUAUGGUGAAUCUAGUAUAGCUGGUGAUAUCCAGAUCGACGCAAUGCUGGCUAUAUAAUUAGACUGGAUGGAUUGUGGUUAUGUUUGAUGUAUUCGACCUUAAUUUUCUCUAUGUGACCUUCGGAGAUGAGUUACUAUAUGCUUGUAUAUAGCUCCAGCUUCAGUA